AUGCGAACCGAGGCGAGCUGCGAAAACGAGGGAGAGGUCCUGCACAUCCCCAACAUCACCGACAACCCCUGCAUCACCUGCGUCUGCCUGGAGGGGAAGGCAGACUGUAAACAGGAGAAGUGUCCGGCGGUGUCAGAGGACUGUGCUCUGGUGGUGAAGCAAACCGGCGCCUGCUGCGAGCGCUGCAAAGGCUGUAUCUUCGAGGGCCGUCUGUACAAAGAGAAGGAGGAGUUCAGUCCCGAGGGUCAGCCCUGCGUCAAGUGCACCUGCACCGAGGGAGACAUGUGGUCGUCGGUGAACUGCACGCUCUGCGCCUGCGUCAAAGGAUCCAUUGAGUGUCGACCCAAACGCUGUGUCCCAAUCACCAGCUGCCCCUCGGUGCUGGUGAAGAACGACGCUCGCCGGACUCGCUCAUUCUCCUGGACUCAGUCUGUGGAGGUCCGUCUGGAGGGUCUGGUUCUGGGCCUCCAUCAGCACCUCACCGUGAGGAGGAACGGGACCCGCAUCGCUCUGCCCUAUCACGGCCCCGGGGUCCACAUCGACCUGGACGGGUACCUGCUCAAGCUCACCACCAUCGCAGCCACUCAGUGCAAACACGGCGCCGUCUACGACACGUGUGGCCCCGGCUGCACCAAAACCUGCGACAACUGGAACGAGAUCGGCCCCUGCCACAAGCCCUGCGUUGCGGGCUGCCACUGUCCCGCCAACCUGGUGCUGUUCCAGGGACGCUGCAUCCGCCCCACCUCCUGCCCCGGCCGGUGA